UUGACCGUGUUGGCAGACAGUGCUCAGCUGCAGACUGUGGACUCUCAGUAAACACUGGUGGUUUAGUCAUUAACGCAGCAGCUCCAGAAUAAACGCUUGUCUCUGUCCGCGGCUUUGAGUCUUCACACGUUCACCUGGCAUCAUGUCUCGCCUCGUCCUCUGUCUGUCGGCCAUCUUUGCUCUGUGGUGGGCGUCGGUGCUCAGUCUGUCAGUGUUCUCGGACCCUCCGCGGGCCCACAUGCUGCUCCGGUCUCGCCGGGCCAACUCCUUCAUGGAGGAGCUGAAGCCUCCGUCCAAGGAGCGGGAGUGCAUGGAGGAAAGGUGUAGCUUUGAAGAAGCCAGAGAGAUUUUCACUACCAGGGAAGCCACACUGGAGUUCUGGACGGUGUACGUAGACGGGAACCAGUGUCUGGCCAACAGCUGCGUCCACGGCCACUGUCUGGACAAGUACCAGGACUACGCCUGUGUCUGUCACCCCGGCUUCGAGGGCAGAUACUGCGACCAGCCCCAAACAGCCACUAACUGCUCUGUGGAUAACGGCGGCUGUGACCACGACUGUGUUGAGAACCGGGACAAGCCGUCGAGAACCUGCAGCUGCUUGAAAGGAUACAAGCUGCACAACGACGCCAAGAAAUGCGUCCCGGCAGGAAGCUCCUCCUGCGGCCGCCUCAUGAUCAGCCGCUCGUCCUACACCAAACCGAGGGACGGCCUGCUGCCCUGGAUCCUGGGGGGGGAGGUGGGGAAGAAAGGGGAGAGUCCCUGGCAGGCGCUGCUGCUCAACGCCAACGGGCUGUUCCACUGCGGCGGCGUCCUCAUCGACGAGAGCUGGGUGCUGACGGCGGCUCACUGCCUGGAGGGAAGCACGCGGUUCAAAGUGCGGCUCGGUGACUACGAGCGCUUCAAGAAGGAAAACACCGAGGUCAUGGUAUCUGUGGCUCGGAGCUACAGACACCCCGACUACAACAGCCGCACGGUGGACAACGACAUCGCCCUGCUGCGUCUGGAGCACCCCGUCUCCUUCACGUCCUACAUCUCCCCCGUGUGCCUGCCGGGCCGCCAGCUGGCCGAGCGGGUCCUGCACCUCAACGGCACCGUGAUGGUGGUGAGCGGCUGGGGCCGGAACGACAGCCACAAGUACAGCUCUGCGCUCAACGUCAUCCGCAUCCCGCUGGUGGACCGGGCCGUCUGCGCCCAGCGCAUGUCCCACAACAUCUCCGACAACGUGCUGUGCGCCGGCGUCCUGGGCCAGAGGAUAGACGCCUGCGAGGGCGACAGCGGCGGCCCGAUGGUCACGCUGUACCGCGACACCUGGUUCCUGAUCGGCCUGGUGUCCUGGGGCGAGGGCUGCGGCAAGCGGGACAAGCUGGGCAUUUACACCAAGGUGUCCAACUACCAGGAGUGGAUGAGCGGAGUGAUGGAGGAGUGGGCGGGUCGGCAGCCACAGCCGGCGCCGGGCGCCGCAGCCCGGCUGUAGUGGUGCUUCAGCCUUUACUCUGAGCCAAUAAAGAGCGUUUGGGUGACCACGG